GUCUCAUGCUCAGCUCAGAGUAGCGCAAAGGGGACGAGCAUAUUGAUGCAGCCGCACAUAUUGAUGAUAAGUGAGAGCCAACGCCCACCGCCGAUCAACAAGAUGAGAGACAGCACGCUCCCGCUAGGCGAGGUGCAGGAUCAAGGGCUCGCGCUGAGCGGCCUGCAAGAGCCCGAGGAUGUCAUGGCGAUGAUCCCAGAGAUCAAGGCGCUAAUGAAGGACACAAAGGAGCUGGACGAGAUCCGAGAGAUCAAGCGCCUCAAGAGGACGAUAGAAGAGAAGCGAAAGAUCGAGCGGAGUGGGAUCAGGAAGGAACUCGAAGACCUUAAGCGGCAGCUCUCCCUCAUUGCCUCGCAGUCCGAGCGCGGCAUCGCAGACUGGCGCACCGAGCGUGUGCACGCAGCCGAGAUGGAGCGCCUCAACACGGAAAAGUUCGCGCUGGCCAAGGCCAACGCCGAGCUGCAGGUCGCCAUCGAGAGGCUCGAGCACAGUAAAGUGGCAGAGGAGGAGCGCAUCGAAGCGAUGGAUGCUGAGGAUCCGGCUGAAGGCAUGGAUGUAGAUGGCGAUGCGAUCAUGCUCAAGAUCUUGCGCUCAAUCGGCUUCAUGCCGCUGUAUGAUUCGAGCAAGAGUGCCACGCUGGCACCGGGCGGGGCGCCAUUCGAGGAGCUAACGGUAAUCUCAAAGAAACGACAAACGUCGCUGCUCAUGAACGUCAGCCAGGAAUAUCUCGCCGCGCAGGACCUCUCGCCCAUCGCACUCGCCGACCAGCUUUGGAAAGCUGUGGCGUAGAGCACUCUGUGUCUUUCGAUGUGUGCGCGUCCGCUUCGUGUUGUACAACAGUCUUUCUUGCAGAAACUUUGCUUCUUUGCAAGUGAACGCAACGCAUGUAUAAUCAUUUUUGCCCCGCUGGGCGGUGGGGGUAUGGAAGUUCGCAAGUACAAGUCCGAGCAUAAGCUGUACGCUACACACAGCUUAGCCUGCUGUAUCUGAAUAGAAGAGAAGAAAAUAACAAUCGAU